AUGGCAUCUGUAAGCGGCAGGCAGAGGAUGUGAAUGGAGCAGGGGGGAUCGGGCGAGGGGUCACUAACAAGGAUCAGUGAAUGGGAAACCUCUUAUGGAUUGGAGCUUCGCAUUACAUCUGCUACAAAUGAUCACUGGAUCUUAUUGUACUUUUAGCCUAAUGCACAUUUCUCUGCUAUUGGGUUAGACCUUGCUGACCAAGUACCAAGGAGUUAAAGAGUGAAAGCAAACACUUCUUCACCCUACCUACUGAAAAAAAGACCAUAUAUUUCCACGUGUGUGACACUCCCUUAAGACCAUUAUGUCUACCUGACAACGAGAUUCUGUUACGAAAGCUGCAAAUGCCAGAAAGUCAUCCUUGGUGAGGCCAAGGUUCUACAGAGAAAGAAAUCUCUCCAUCUUUUUUUUUUCCGCUGUGUGUGUUCCCUUUGAGCGUUCAAAACUGUUUCUCCAAAGAAUUUUGCAGAAACUAAGACUGUUUUCAAAAGCAGAAGCACCGCAGUCCUCAAGUGAAGUGAUGGGCAGCGUGCGAACCAACCGUUACAGCGUUGUGUCUUCAGAAGAGGACGGGAUGAAGUUGGCCACAAUGGCAGUUGCUAAUGGAUAUGGGAACGGAAAAAGCAAAAUCCAUACCCGGCAACAGUGUCGGAGUCGGUUUGUGAAGAAAGAUGGACACUGCAAUGUCCAGUUUAUUAAUGUCAGUGAGAAAGGACAACGAUAUCUAUCUGAUAUCUUCACCACAUGUGUGGACAUUCGUUGGCGGUGGAUGCUGGUCAUCUUUUGCCUUGCUUUCAUUCUUUCUUGGCUCUUCUUUGGCUGUGUCUUUUGGCUAAUUGCUCUGCUACACGAAGACUUAGGUGCCCCAGAAAGCCACAAGCCAUGUGUCACCCAAGUCAGCAGCUUCACAGCUGCUUUCCUUUUCUCCAUUGAAACACAGACGACAAUUGGCUAUGGUUUCCGGUGCGUCACAGACGAAUGCCCCAUUGCAGUGUUCAUGGUGGUUUUCCAAUCUAUUGUGGGCUGCAUAAUUGAUGCCUUUAUAAUUGGAGCAGUGAUGGCUAAAAUGGCCAAGCCAAAAAAGAGAAAUGAAACUCUUGUAUUUAGUGACAACGCAGUAAUAGCCAUGCGAGAUGGGAAGUUGUGCUUGAUGUGGCGAGUAGGAAACUUGCGAAAAAGCCACCUGGUUGAAGCUCACGUGAGGGCCCAGCUCUUGAAAUCUCGCAUUACUUCAGAAGGGGAAUACAUCCCCUUGGAUCAAAUAGACAUCAAUGUUGGUUUUGAUAGUGGAAUAGACAGAAUAUUUCUAGUUUCUCCAAUAACAAUUGUUCAUGAAAUUAAUGAAGAAAGCCCUUUAUAUGAUCUUAGCAAACAAGACUUGGACAAUUCUGACUUUGAAAUAGUUGUGAUACUGGAAGGCAUGGUAGAAGCCACAGCAAUGACCACACAGUGCAGGAGCUCCUACCUGGCGAGCGAAAUCUUAUGGGGCCACCGCUAUGAACCUGUUCUUUUUGAAGAGAGAAAUUAUUACAAAGUUGAUUAUUCACGAUUCCACAAAACAUAUGAAGUGCCCAAUACUCCUCUUUGUUGUGCCAGGGACUUAGCUGAGAAGAAGUACAUUCUUUCAAAUACGAACACCUUUUGUUAUGAGAAUGAAAUAUCUCUCACAAGCAAAGAGGAGGAAGGCAGUGACAAUGGGGUUCCCGACAGCAUGAGCACAGACAUGCAUCCUGAAAUGGACCAUCGCAACCAGGUUCCUCUUGAACCCAGACCUCUUAGGCGAGAAUCUGAAAUAUGACUCAUAAACUGCUUUCUCAAAAUGAUUGGUCAGCACCAAAUGCUGGGCAUGGGCUCAUUUCAGUUCUCAGACCUUGGUACACUAGGUAAGGGUUUUUAAAGAAAAUCAGCCGGGAAGCCAAGGAUGGCAGAAAAGCAACUGCAGAUGUGAUGUCCUUGGACACAACCCAUAUAGUGCUAUAUAGAAGGUGCUGUAUAGGAAUGCACAGAGCUCCCGCAGUACCAUUUCUUGACCUCUGGCUCACACAUACCACAGUCUGGUAUCCUAACCUUUUACACCAGUUGCUCUAGGGUUAAAUACAGCAUGUUUUAAAAUGAUCAGAUGGAAAGUUAAAGCACUAAACGAUUUCAAGUGUAAUCAGAAGGCACAUAAUGUUGUAAAAUUUGUAUAUAUAUAUAUAUAUAUAUAUAAAUAUUGUUAUUAUAUUUUUGACAAAACUUGAACUUGCAGGCAAGCUUGUUAAGUUUUCAGUUUUAUCUAAUAUUGGGAACAAGUCCAUUUUUAAUGGCAUAACAAUAGGCAAAAGUCUGCCUUAAAUUCUAAAAUGCUGCUAUGUACCUACACCUACUUCAUGUUGCAGUGGUGUACAUUUUUGUAUUGUAUUUCUUACGUAUUGAGGAGAAAGAGGCAUCAUAGAAGUGUUGGCCCUUAAAUGCCAAACAUGAAAGUUCAAGUGUAGUAAUGCACACUAUUUAAACAUGCUCCUAGAAAUUCUAGCCAAAAUGACCUUACCCCCAUCAGUUUUGAAGCAGCCUACAGAAUACUGCACAGGCAGAGUACUGGGGCCUCUCUAUAAGUGUACUUUUUAAUCAAUACAAAAUCUUGAUAAAAAACCAAAGACAUUAGGAACUAGAACUACAAAAAAUCUGGAACAGAUCCCUGGUAAAGAGAUUUUUUUUUUUUUUAGAAAUUGCUACCUAUCAGCAGGUAUUGAAAUAGAUUCUAUACAUAAUAGUCUUGUAACUGAUACAAAACAAGGUCUUCUUCUGGGCAAUCACAAAAUUAAACAAUUUCACUUUUUUUUUAGAAAAAAAAUGACAUUCCAAAUUUUGUGGUUUGACAGUGAAUCAGAAAAUGUAUUUUGCCCUCAGAUAUUUGGUCCUAGAACACAAGUAUUAGUCUUACCAUAGGCUUUUCAGAAUCAAUCUCAAGACUCAGACAAGAUCGUAUUUUUGGGGGUAUUAACUGACAGGCAUACACUAAAGUUCUUCUGAGCGUGUUGGAGUUUUAUAUAUAGCUGCUAUGGAUAAUUUGUAUGUUUGCAGAGUUCAGGGAGUUUAUUUUGAGAGAAAGGGGAGAGGCAAAUGGUGGAUUGAUCUUGUAUCAAACAAAAAUACAAAAAAGGCGUUGGAAAAAGAAGAAUCUCAUUUGGAACUGAUGGAACACAUUGGAAAAAAUGAUUAUUUGGAGCAGAUGAUACUGUAAAAGAGUUUCUAAUAACUGUAAACAUGGAAAAGUGAAAUCUUUGAUUCAUUCCUUUAGUUUGGCUGGGAGUUUGUUGGUAUGUAGCACCAGAUGUGAGCCAUAUUGACAUUUUUCUUUGUGUCAGCUGACAAGGGCGGUCUAAGAGUUCACAGUGUAGGCGGGGUAAUGUAGAUUAAUUUAUUGAAAGGGAUUUGUUACGUACAUACUCCCAUAAAUACUCUUAUGAUGACUUAUUUAUUGGAUAAAAAUCCCCCCCCCCUUGCUUCAGCUUUAUCUCUGUGAAUAGGCUUUAACUAUUUCUGUACUGUUGAAACAAGUGCAUUUAUAUAAUUAAGAUCAUAUAGGCCCUGAACUCUUUUACAGUAUUUUAAAAACUGUAUGCCAUUAAAAAUAAUCUUGUCCUAAUGAACGGUCUUUUCAAACCUGUGAAGGCCUUCAGGCCCUUAACAAAAUGUCCUGCAAUGAAAGGGUGGUUUUUAACUUGGUCAAUAGUAUUGUUGGUAUUUAAACCAGAACAAGUUGGUGUUGCUAGGAUCCGUCACUCUUGCAAAGGUCAGAACCUUUAAAGUAAUGGAACCCACAGUGAAACUGAAGUCCAAGUGGAAGUUCAUUAAAAUUUGAUUUACCUGCUGCUAAUGUAUUUGUUAAAAGGGAAGACAACAACCAAAGAGUAUUUUAUGAUAUGGAGUUAUUUUAUUAUUGAUAGUCAUGAAGUUCAAGACACAAACAUAACAGGUUUUAGACAUUUGUUAUUCUUUGUGUGUGUGUGUGGGGGGGGGGUAUAUUCCCUCUUACAAGGAUAAUGUCAAAGUCUGGUAAUACUAAAGAACUUCAUGCAUGGGACAUUUCCACCUACUUUUCACUGGCAUAACAUUCCACCAAAUAAGUGAUUAAGGCUACAGGACAAAUGCUCCCAAAGCUCCAGGGAGUGUGACAUACCCCACUGAUUAUAAAAAUCAGAUAUCACUUUAUAUAGCUGGUGGUAUAAUAUCCUUCUUAGUGUUGCUGAUUAGUGUGGCCCCUUUUAAAGUUCAGCACACCACAGCUGAAGGUCUCUUUUAGUUCUUUUUUUUAUCUCUUUGCUCUUUGUUUUUCUAGUGCACACACAAAUUUGUAAAACACACAGAGCGUCUUAUUGAUACAGAUUAGUGAUGUGUGGGCCGGGCCAUACCCGGGGGUUCGGGCCGACCUCGGCACAUCACCUGCGGGUCGCGGGUGGGUUCGGGUUGAGCACUUCCGCUCAAGAUCCCUGCCCGAGAUAUAACACUGCCAGCUUUUUGGUUCCGGCUUGGGAAUUUAUAGGUGCGCGUCCAGCAUGGGUGCGGGUCUAUAAAUUAUGGGGAGAAGCCGGGUUGGGUAGGGUUAGGGUCGGGUGCAGGUUGAGUAUUUCUCGACCCGCACAUCACUAAUACAGAUAAACUCCAACUUGAUUUCUAUGCACUUUGACUUACCUUCCACCCCUCUUGGCUCUGACCGCACAACAGCCUCUUUAUGAUCCCCCAGACAAUUUUUAUUUUCUUUCGAAAAGUGUACAUUUUUAAUAAGGUUAUCAAUUAUUUUUGGUAUUUGACGCCAAAUGUAUAUAAAAGUCUAUAAAAACAAACAAAAAAAAAAUGAAAUGCCAAUUAGAGGUAUAAGUGACGUCCAGUGAAUUCUGGGAGUUGAUACCUAGAAUUUAAUUAAAUCUACAAACCUCAGAAGGUCCCAGUGAUAGGGGCAUAUGUUAUUUAUUUAAGCAUGGUCUUUUUCAUUUGAAAGUGUUCUGUAGUUACCAACCAAUUAGAAUCUGUUAUAGUUUCAAAAUUCUUAAUUAUUUGUUUCAUUGUCGCUGGUUACAUGCAGACAUAACCCUUUGUCUUUACCAGGCAGAUGUGCACUUAUUCUGAAACGGAACUGAAGGUUUUUAAUGAAAAAAAUGUGUAAUAAUUGUAUGGAAUGCAGACUAUUCAGUGUUAGUACACGAACAAGCCAUUAAAAAUUAAAAGUUAAAGUUUAUAAUUUGAAUAGGAUUUUUUUCCCCUCAGACCCAGAAGAAUGUUGUGUGUUUAUAGGUAACACCAUGUUGUUGAUUCAAUUUUGCCUCUUACCUAUAAAGAAUAAUUGGUUGCUAAUAUUCAUUUACCUACUAGGAAAGCACUUUUGAACUGGAAUGAUUGAUCUUAAAUUUCAAAAUGGCUGCUCCUGCCCUGAGACUAAAAAUAAAAGUGGCUUAAUAGUCAGUGCUUCCUCUAGAAGAUUUCCAAGGUUGUGGCUAUGGAUGGGAAAAAAUGUUGUAACAUACUUUGGUGCCCUUUGGUGAUCACGGCCCACUGGAGUUACAGAUAUAGGAUAACAUUGUUGUAUGAGCCAUUCAGCUGUCUUUUUAAGAAUAUCUAAAACAGCAAGUUAGAAUUUUGCGUUACCCCCACACUGGGCUUCCUAGUUUGGGGAAAAGCAAAUAGUCUUUCUACCCAGAUCUCACUCUUACUGGUCUGCAGUCUGAGACCCCAUGCCCAAGCCCACCCAGGGAUGCUGCCGCCACAGUUUGGGUACCAGUAUGUUACAGCAGUUCUCCCCAUCCACUUGCUAACCUAUAGACCUCACAAAGAUUUCAAUAUGUUCUUGCGUAUGUCUGAGACACACACAAAAUAUAAUACAUGCGUGUGUGGGUGGUUGUUAAAAGCCACCUUUAUUCACUGAAGCUUCUCUGCACAGUUUCUCUGCUGAUAAAGACACUUAUCCAGACUUUUAUUUGCAGAGAAGCUGUGGGGGACUGAAAAAAAUAAGCCUUGAUGUUCAGUAUCAUGCUGAAUUUUGAAAUCCCGUCAUCUAAAUAUAAUGAUCAGUUUUAGGUUUGAGAGCCCUCCUCCCCAGGUUUCAUAGUUAGGACUAUUUAGUAUCUCGCUAUUGCUCAUCCUCAAUGAGACUGCAGCAAUGCUCACAUCUUUAUUUUGUGUUCAGGAGCUAACAGAGGCACAGGAUUUUUAAAUAUUAAGGGUGGAAAUUUUUUAUGCGUUCGAAGGUAUCUUAUUUUUAUUUUUUUUCUUCCUGAAAUACUUGAAAAGAGACAUUAGAAGAAUGUCUUAACAGAACACUGCACGUGAAAACACAUAUGGAGUGUAUUUUAUGUAAAUAUAUGUAUGUAUAAAUAUUUGUCGAGUUAUCAAAAUCCAUAUUGUUUUCUCAUCUUCCGAUGCUUUUGCAGUGAAGAUAUUAUAUAUACAUUUUUGGGAGAUGUCCUUUUUGUGGUAGCUUUACAAAAACAUGCUGUAGAUCACUAGAUGCCUUUUUCUCUUGCAAUCCAAUUCAACAUUUAUACUGUGGUUUUUCUAGUUUUUUUUUUUUACUGCCAGAGUGGAACGCCCAACAGGGAUUGGGGGUUUGGGUGUAAUUGCUGACUUUCAGGGAUUCAUUUGUCUAUUAUCCUGAUUUAAAAGGAAAGUCCUGGUCUCUUUAACCCUAGACUUUUAUUUGGGUCUAUCAGCCAAUGUCACCCAGGCCUAUGCACCUUACAGCCAGUUGGCUAAUACGCUGCCUGUUAACCUCGUGGGUCUUUCGUAUGUUAAAUUCAGUGUUCAUUGUUUGGCUUUAAAUAAGCAGGAAAAAAUAUUUAUAGAUGAAAGAAUAUUACAAACGACUGGUCUAGAUGGCUAGGCAAAAAGACAAAUCCCCUCCUCAAAUGUUACAUAAUGGAAUGUGGGUAAAUUAUUAUAUUUAUUACGAGUUAGAAAAUUCGAUGGCAGGAUUUCCCUUAAAAGCUGAAGUUGGGAAUGUCUUCAUAUUUAUAUUAGAUUUCAGUCUUUUGGGUAAAGACAAAGGGUUUAAACUUGCAUUAUUCUUUUAUCUUUUGUUAUGUCUGCUCUGAUAUUGGGGUAACUACAUGAGGAAAUGUACUGUAAUGUCUUUAAACUCUGGCUGCUGCUGGCCUAGUAAAGGCCAAAUGGCACGGCCUGGUCACCAUCUUUAGCCAAUGCUGAUUCUGGUUUGGACAGCUUCUGACAAUCAUUGUAAAUAUUUCAUUUCUGGUUGUAGCCUUUUUUUAUUGUAUCAAAGUCUUCCUAAAAUGUACUGCACAGAUUCUGGAUUGUACAGAUUUUUUUAAUUAAUAUUAUGUCUUAUUUUAUUAUUUCUAAAAUAAAAUAAAAUAUCAAAGA